AUGGGCAUGAUGUACCCCAGAGAGAGCUUGCGGCAAGUCACGGCCACCUCCACCAUGUCUGUCUGCUCUGACGCUUGUACCAACUCCUCCUGGCAGGUGGACGACUGCCCAGAGAGCUGUUGUGAGCCCAGCUGCUGCCAGCCCAGCUGUUGUGUCCCCAGCUGCUGCCAACCCAGCUGCUGCCAGCCCAGCUGUUGUGUCCCCAGCUGCUGCCAACCCAGCUGCUGCCAGCCCAGCUGCUGUGCCCCAUCCCCCUGCCUGACCCUCAUCUGCACCCCAGUGAGCUGUGUGUCCAGCCCCUGCUGCCAAUCUUCCUGCACACCAUGCUGCCAGCAGUCUAGCUGCCAGCCCUCAUGCUGUCAGUCCUCCUGCUGUGUGCCUGUCUGCUGCAAGCCUGUCUGCUGCACACCCAUUUGCUGCAAGCCUGUCUGCUGCACACCCAUCUGCUCUGGAUCCUCAUGCUGCCAGCAGUCUAGCUGCCAGCCCUCAUGCUGCCAGCCAUCCUGCUGUGUGCCUGUGUGCUGCAAGCCUGUCUGCUGCAAGCCCUGCUCCAGCGUGUCCCUGCUCUGCCGCCCUGUGUGCAGACCCGCCUGCUGUGUGCCCACCUCCUCCUGCUGUGCCUCCUCCUGCCAGCCCAGCUGCUGCAAGCCCUGCUCCAGCGUGUCCCUGCUCUGCCGCCCUGCCUGCUCCAGCCAGGCCUGCUGUGGCCUCUCCUCAGCCCAGAAGUCCAGCUGCUGA